UCCCGCAUUCAAACCCUAGAGAACAUUCAUAUCACCCCGCAGCCCUGCACCGUCAACUCCUGAAAAAAAAGGAAAAAAAGAAAAAGUAGAAAGCCAGAAAAAAAGACACCCAUCUGAAAAAUCAAAGAAAUUACUACUGGAUUGUAGAAUUAUUACUUGCAGGCAGUUUUCUUUGCUGUAUGGCGAGGACGAAAAUUGCUUGAAAAUGAAUUGAAAAAUUUCUCUGGCUCGUGGUGGGUCCGGUUGAGUCAACUGAGUUGGGGAACGAGAUUGAUGGGGAAGAGUGAAAGAAGAGGGUUUCUCUCUUGGAUGCUUGAAAUGGGCUGAGUUUGUGUCGAUUUGGGUGAGUGGAAGUCCCAAGCUUACUGAGUUGGGAUCGGGUCGAUGUCUAGUCAAGGGUUCAAGUUUAUGUUGGUGGGACUGUGAAUUGAAUUUGGCUGUGGAGUUCUUUUUCGUAGAAAGUCUAUUUUAUUUCAGAUUAGGUUCAUGCCAUUUAUUGCGAAGAAGAUACUGAAUUUUGUUUUCUGGGAUCCCACUGUCUAAUAAACUGUUUUUCUGAGAUCUUCGUCGUAUUUCCAGACUGAGAGCAAUCUAUGCCACUAGAAAAGGAACAAAAACAAGGAUUUGAGUGCUCUUCAUUAUCAGAACUUUGUUUUGUAUUUGACCUAGUUUUGAUUUUAAGGUUGUGUGACAGAGACGAAAGUUGAUUCAGUCAUUUUGCCUGGAAGGCAUACCAAUGCCUGCAGUGGGAAUGAGAAAAAUCACGAGGGUGCUUGGAGCAAGGGUCUUGCGGUCAGGAAGGCGGCUGUGCACUGAACCACGUCUUAGUGUGAAGUACCUAAGAGCGGCUAAUAAGGAGAAUGAGCGGAUUCAGCUUCCGAACAAUUCUAUGAAUUUUGGAGGGUACGCUGGUAAACGUUGCAAGAGGGCAUGGCAAGAAAUUGAAAAUGAUUCUUCCCUGGAUAUAGUUGUGGAACCUAAGAUGGAAGAAUGUAUGCCACAGGUAAAAAUUGCUGACAGGAUGUUUGGAAUUGUAUAUAAGAGAAAAAUGAGAAAGAUUGUGUUGAGUAGUUCCGACAGUUCAGAGGAUAAAAUGUUUGGGGAGCAGUUUGUACGGAAAAGUUGGAGGAAAAAUUUUAGAGCUACUGAACUAUCUGAAACAUGUGGAGAAUUCCACAAUAAUUCUGGAAGUUGUUCGGAGCUUGCUUUAAUUGUCAGAGAGUGGUCUUCUUAUAAUGGUUGUUGGAUUUCAUACUUCCUGAAUUCCGUAUUUAAGUACAUGAGGAGAUUUACGAUUGAAUUGCGGCAUCUUUCUGCAUUCUUACUAUCGGAACCAAUAUGUGAUGCUUUUUCUUCACAUGGCAUUCGAUUUCUGCCGGAUUCUACUUCCAUCAAGAACCCUGGUUUUUGCAUAAUUUCAGGAUCAAGGUCUUCAAUACCUGUGUUUUCUGUGGAUUUUUCUGCAGUUCCAUCUUGCUUUAUGCAUUUGCAUUCAAGUUUGUACCUUAGGCCUGUACAACUGGCUUGUGUACUUGGUACAAAUUCACAGUGUGUGACCAAGCAUGUUGAGAAGGAAAGACAGGAGGUAUCCUCAUCUCAAGUUCCUUCCCGGAUAGAUCGAUCCGAUGGCAUCAUGGUUGCACCUCGGAUUGAUGGUUCAGAGACAAGAGAGUUGUCACAAUCAACCAUUAGAUUCUCUAAAUCCGCUGUUCGAAGUAUGCACCUAAGAAAUGGUUCCAACAUCAAGAAAGCGAGGACCUCUCUAAAGCGCAAGAGAGGUAGACCACCUUCAGUAGUUCGUGUACAAAAAGCCAGUCGAGCUUUAGCUUCUGAUUUUUUAAGGUCUAGACAUGACAUCCGAUCCUCUUCUGUAGCAUCCAGUAACCUAAUUAUGAGUUAUGCCAAAAGGACGCAGGACUUAGGCGCUAAUUGCUGUUCUGCUAACAUAUUAAUCACUGAAACGGACAAGUGUUAUAGGGAAGAAGGAACUACCAUCACAUUAAAGGUAUAUCCAUCAGAACAAUGGGUUCUUGCAGUUAUGAGGGAUGGGAUUUACCGUGAUAUCCUUGCAGUAAAAAAUGCUUUGAGGCCGUGCUGUUGUAACCGUUUCACACAUUCUAUAAUAUGGACAGUUGAUGGCGGUUGGAAGCUUGAAUUUCCUAACAAACUAGACUGGGCGAUUUUCAAGGAACUUUACAAGAAAUGUGCUGAGCGCAAUGCACAGUUCCACGCGACUAGUAUUCUUCCCAUUCCUUGGGUACGUGAAGUAUCAUACCCUGUAGAUAGCAACAUUGGACCGUUCGAUAGACCUGAUUCGUACAUCACUGUUAAAGGCGAUGAGUUAACGAGGGCCUUGGCAAAGAGGACUGCCAAUUAUGACAUGGACUCCGAUGACGAGGAAUGGCUGAACAAGUUCAAUAAUAAGUUCUACACAGAAAAGAAGCGUUGUGAACUUGUCAAACGUGAGAAUUUUGAGUUGAUAAUUGAUGCCCUUGAAAAAGGUUUUCAUUAUAAUUCAGACGAGUAUGCAGAUGACAUAGCAGCAGAUAUUUUUUGCAUAGAUCUGGAAAGAAAGGAAGUUGUAGAGGCUAUUCGUAGUUAUUGGAUUGAAAAGCGAGGACAGAAACAUUCGUCACUAAUAAGGAUUUUCCAGUUUUACCGGCCUAGAAGAAUGCAAGUGAUACCAAGAUCUGUUUUGCGAAAGAAACGAUCGUUCAAACGACUGGGAAGUCAGGCUGGGAGAGGCAAACGACGAACUUUGUUGCAAGAAAUGAUUGCUGAAAGAGAUUCUUUGACAGCAAUGGCUGCUGAACGAGAUGCGUUGCAACAACAUAAUAUCUUACUUAAAAAGCAAGAAGCUAAAUCAGAAGCCGACACAUCUGAAGUAUUGGCUAUUCUGAAGCGUCAACAUGCCCAGUUGCUAGCGGAAAAUGCUGAUAUGGCAACUUACAGAGCCACGAUGGCUAUGAGAAUUGCCGAAGCUGCAAAAUUUACCGAGGCUCUGAGUGCAGUUACACCAUCUUUCUUGUAGGUUAAGACUUGUGGCCAUUUUCUCUGAAGCCUUGGGAGGUAGACCUUGUGGAAAGUAUUAUUAUAGUUUGUAUAUAUUUUGAUGAUGUAUACUUGUAUGAAUAUUAACUGACAUAGGAUGUAUACAAUUGGGCUUCAAAAUUUUCUUUUAAAUGGAGGAAGAAAACCGAAUUAUAUCGGAAAUUUUGAACUCAAAUGGCAAACCUUGAUCUCAGAAAUUGUAUGCUAGCUAUUUCUACCGAGA